AUGCGAUGUCCUCGCUGUCAUCUGGACACAUUAGAAUUGCAGGGCGACGGGACCAUAUACUUGUGCAGGCGCUGCAAAUAUAUCCAAGACAACGAGAGCGCACAGUUCGUGACUCCUGAGCAAUUUACAGAGACACUGAAGAACAAGUGGAUAACCACGCAAACAGUGAAACCACGUCGUUCUAUAAAGAAGCACACGCGCAGAAAAGUGCAGCUUGAUGAUGAAGGGCUCAAAGAACUGAGAUUGUCAUAUAAUAAGUACUCUCGAAGACUCCGACAAUUUUCUCUGCCUAGCAAGACUCUAUCAGCUAUUUGGAAGCGUGCUUGCUCGUCAGUCCUAGGGAUAUAUCAACAUUUCCGGACCGUCAUUGCUGAAGACCCUGGCACCUUCUCUAGUAUUCAUGCCAACUUUGUAGCAAAUGCGAUUUUAGAGUGUCAAGCCAAUGGUCUAGAGCCAAACAUCUCAUCAUCCAGCAUCUUAACUUUGUUAUCUCGUCCUAAGGCAAUGGCUAUUGCAACCUAUGUCCUUGCAGCUGAGCUAGCGGGAGAACUUGUGAUGCCUUCAUGUAUCACUUUGUACCUGGAAAGUAGGGACACGGCCCAAAAGCCUCCGUCUCUCCUACUUGUUUCCAGGUGCUACCGAAUUCUCCCCAUUCUCAUCCUUUCUCCAAUGACACGGGCACGAUUGCUCUUUGAUGUUAGGACAGCAUUUACCCAGAUUGCAUCACUAUGUUUGGUUUUCCAAGGCUACAAGUUGGACCAUCCUUUAAUUACUCCAUGGAUUGAGUUAUCUACACGCCUAUCCACCCUUUAUCCAAUACCUCUCUGCGGCUUCCAUGCCUUUAUGCCUAUACCAGCAGCGUCUUCUAACAGCAGCAUAUCAAGGAAUCUUCUGUCUCCCUGUCGAUAUGUCUGCAUUCUUUUGCUACUAGCAUACCUUUCUCUCAUGCUAGCUCGUUCUCAGGAUGAUUUCUGGAAAUAUUCAAGUCCAAGCUUGCUCCCGUCGAACUUGACUGUUCGUUAUCAUAACUCUUUCAUGUGGUCAACUGAAACAACUAAGUUCUUCAAAGCCAUAGGCCUCAAUUUCUUAGUAUAUAAACCCUUCAACUCGUUUUCACUGGAAGAGUUUAUUGGAUCGAGUGGUACUCAGUCAAGGGCUAUAGAUGAGAACUCAGCUGAACUACCUUUGGUAGAUGACGUCGCCUGCAUGCUUGCUACGAUUUGUGAGCUUAGCGUUGAAAGGUUUGUAAAGAGUUCACUCGACGUGGCUUGUGCCCUACCAUCGCGUACAAAUCCCAAAAUGGAUCAAUCAAAGCUAGGAUAG